AUGUUAAAAAGCGGUUGGAGUGUUCGAACAGGAAACGCUCGAUCAUCAGCAAAUGCCAAGAAGAAUGGUAUAACAGAUUCGGAGAAGAAACAUAUCACGGCUGUUUUAGCGAGAGCUGAAGAGAGAAGAGUACGAGAACAACAAAGGAUAGGUAGAAUGAUCGAUAGAUUAGAUAAGAUGAAAGCUCGAGCUACGGGUAAUGGUGUUACUCAGUGCUAUAUAUGUUCAACUGAUUUCGGAUUACUUGCCCCAAGAAGUUAUGCUGCCAUGUGCUUGCAAUGUCGAAGAUAUGUAUGCCAAAAAAAUUGCGGCGUUGACACGUAUGAUUGCGUACGACGUGAAAAUAUCUUUCUGUGCAAGAUAUGCAGCGAAUAUAGUGAGGUAAUGUGGAAAAAAUCUGGUGCAUGGUUUUAUAAAGAAAUACCGGAGUAUAUUAAGCCAGUUGAAGAUGCAAAACCACAUUCACCAUUAUCAUAUUAUUCAAAAACUUCCUGGCAACAUUAUACGAAACCAGAAACAUCGAAUUUAACAUAUUUACCUGAGAAAUCUCAACAACAACGAAAAGAACAAAGCAGCUCAGUUGUGCCUAAUCGUACUCGGAUAAAUCCAUCAUGGUUACAUCAAAAAGUACGAUUAUCGUUAAGUAAUGGUUAUGGUUCCGAAGAUGAAAAUGGGGAUAAUUCAGUAUCCGAAGAAUCGGAAGCAUUCCAAAAGAAUCUUCAGCCAACACAAACCGCUCCAUCAAAUCGGCAUAUCCGAAUUCAAAAGCAAAAUGGUGUACCCAUUGUUCGUAGCAUAUAUUUUGAUUUAUUUGAAGAAAGAAUCGAAUCACAUCAUGCAAUACCAUCAACAUCACCAAGGCAUUCACCCUUAUCAUAUGGUGAUGAUUUGUCGCAGAAUCAUUCAUCAAUUCCAGCAUCAGAAUCUAUCGAUUCUGGAGUUGUACCAAGUGAUCAUUCAGUGCGAAUAUCAAAAAUUCCCGCUUCAGCUAAUGCAAUGAAUCCGAUGAUAACGAUGAUUGGGCAUACUGAUGAAAACUGCAAACCUACUAGACAUUCAAAAUGCUCUCGAACUUUAUCAUUAUUAUCAUUAUCAUCAUCCGGAAUGCCAAAAACAUUUCCGUUAUCCGAAAUGCAUACCGUUUUGGAUCAAGAAAUUCUUUCACAAAUGGACAGAAGAAAAUGUUUUCUUCCAGCACAGCAAACAAAUAAAAGUUCGCAAAAAACUUUAGAAAAUAAGGAAAUUUUAUUGGAAAAUCAACUGAAAAAAAUAUUUCCUUUAAUGAUAUUCACUAAUGAACCAUCAUUAUCGCCAAUGGAAUCACAAUACAGUCGACAGGAUCAAUUUUUGGCAUUUUCUCCAACUCACAUUGCAAGUCCAUCAAAUCCGACCGGAACGACGAUAGCAAUAGCAUGCUCAAAUCAGGAAGGCGCUAUGACCAGUUCCACAUCAUCCACAUCAUCAGCUCAGAAAUCCGUGAUGUCUCUCGAAAGUCUUCCAACAAAUUUGGAACAAAUUAAAACAAACGAAACAACAGCUUUUUGCAAGUUUGGUUCGGAUGAUCGUAGAAUACAAUUACCAACGAAAGGCCUAUCAACCACUCAAUCAGCGAUUUGCUUGCAAUCUUCAGCUGCUACCGAACUGAUCCUACAAGAUCAGGCAGUACGUCAUGCUGUUUCCGGCAAUGGUAUUAUUAAUUUGCACAAUUCUGAUACUGAUAUGCUCGGAUCAAUUCAAUUUACACUUCGAUAUUCUGCGCAACAAAUGGAAUUGCAUAUUCGACUUACUGGUGCUAAAAAUUUACGUGCAAUGGAUAAAAACGGGUUUUCUGAUCCUUAUGUGAAAUUGUAUUUAAUACCUGGAGCCUCCAAAGCGACAAAAAUGGUUAGUAAAACGAUUGAAAAAACUUUAAAUCCACUAUGGAAUGAAGAAUUCACUUAUUAUGGUAUCAGUAAUGAAGAUCAGUUGAAGAAAUCGCUAAGAUUAUUGGUACUCGAUCGUGAUCGGAUAGGUUCCGAUUUUCUUGGAGAAGUCCGUGUUACACUCAAGAAUUUGAAAAAUGAGGAGGAAACAUUUUACAACUUACGCUUGAAACAAGCAAUGCUGGCGCAAGAUGUAGAUGUUAACAAUGAACGUGGAAAAAUCUGUUUGAGCUUGUUGUAUAACGUACAACAAGGUUCACUGUAUGUUACGAUUAAACGUUGCGCAGAACUUUUAGGCAUGGAUAAAACAGGAUUCUCAGAUCCAUACGUGAAAGUCUCAUUACUUCCUCUCACCAAUAAAGCUCACAGACAAAAGACGUCAACAAAAAAGCGAACAUUAAAUCCGGAAUUCAAUGAGACAUUAACAUUUGUGAUACCUUUCAAAGAUUUACCGAAAAAAACGCUUCAAGUUGAUGUUUUUGACAAAGAUGUUGGAAUGCAUGAUGAUUAUAUUGGAGGUAUUCUAUUGUCAACGUCUGCGAAAGGUGAGCGUGAAAAGCAAUGGAAUAAUUGUAUUCAGAAUCCAGGCUAUGAAUUCGAACAAUGGCAUAAAUUAGAAGUCAUUAAAUGA